GCAUUGCCUGUAAGUCGCUGGCUUCCAGGAAAAGGAAACUAGACGGGUCUUAUGGUCGGGGUCCUGGGCUCUGUUCUCACAACUGGAGGAGACUCUGAGCAGGAAGGAUGGCGCAGUGGUACGACUUACAGCAAAUCGAUUCCAAAUUCUUGGAACAAGUCCAUCAGUUAUAUGAUGACAGCUUUCCCAUGGAGAUAAGGCAGUAUCUGGCUCAAUGGCUAGAAGGACAAGACUGGGAACAUGCUGCAAACAAUGUCUCUUUGGCCACGAUUCUCUUCCAUGGACUUCUAGCCCAGUUGGAUGACCAGUACAGCAGAUUUACCGUGGAGUGCAACUUCUUAUUACAACAUAAUAUACGGAAAAGCAAACGGAAUCUGCAGGAUAACUUCCAGGAAGACCCAGUACAAAUGGCGAUGAUCAUUUACAACUGCCUAAAAGAAGAAACUAAAAUCUUGGCCAAUGCACGUUCAUUUUCUCAGAAUCAGAUUGGUAAUACACAAAAUACAGUGAUGAUGGACAAGCAAAGAGAGCUUGAUAAGAAGGUCACAGAAAUAAAAAACAGAGCUUUGGAACUAGAACAAGAAGUCAAAAAUUUGGAGGAAUUACAAGAUGAAUAUGACUUCAAAUGUAAAACUAUACAAAGCAGAGGAUUUUGCAUUUCAGAAAAUGAGCAUAAUGGAAUUGCGCAAAAUGAACUGAAGCAGGAAAAGUUGGUUUUAAGAAAUAUGCACAUUACUGUGAGCCUUCGAAGAAAGGAAAUUGUUCAUAGAAUAGGCGAACUGCUAAAUGGCAUAGAUCAUACACAGAGUUCCCUAAUUAAUGAAGAACUGGUUGAAUGGAAGCGCAGACAACAAAUCGCUUGCAUUGGAGGCCCACCUAAUGCUUGUCUUGACCAACUGCAAACCUGGUUUACAUCUAUUGCUAAAAGUCUACAGAAAAUCCGUCAACAGUUGAAGAAACUGGAGGAGUUCGAGCAGAAACUUACAUAUGAUUCUGAUCCCAUUACCAACAACAAGCAAGCCUUGCAAGAACGUACACAAGCUUUAUUCAAACAGCUGAUACAGAGCUCUUUUGUGGUUGAAAGGCAACCAUGCAUGCCUACCCACCCACAGAGAUCCUUGGUCCUAAAAACCAGUGUCCAGUUCACUGUAAAACUAAGACUUUUGGUAAAACUACCGGAGCUUAAUUAUCAGCUAAAAGUAAAAGCUGUAUUUGAUAAAGAUGUCAAUGAGAAGAAUACAGUAAAAGGAUUCCGGAAAUUUAAUAUUUUAGGUACAAACACAAAAGUAAUGAAUAUGGAAGAAUCCACAAAUGGAAGUUUAGCAGCUGAGUUCAGACAUCUGCAAUUAAAAGAACAAAAGAAUGCAGGAAACAGGACUAAUGAGGGGCCUCUUAUUGUGACUGAGGAACUGCAUUCAUUGAGUUUUGAGACACAGCUUUGCCAUCUUGGAUAUGUAGUGGAUUUGGAGACAGCAUCACUUCCAAUAGUAGUGAUUUCCAAUGUGAGCCAGCUCCCCAGUGGCUGGGCUUCUAUUCUAUGGUAUAAUAUGCUGUGCCCUGAGACAAAGAACUUAUCCUUUUUCUUAAGCCCAGCAGUAGCCACAUGGUCCCAGGUGAUGGACGUACUCAGCUGGCAGUUUUCUUCAGCAACCAAAAGAGGACUUCACACAGACCAGCUGAGUAUGCUGGAAGAGAAAUUAUUAGGGCCAAAUCCUACUGAUGACUGUAUUCCAUGGACAAAAUUCUGCAAGGAAAAUCUUAAUGAUAAGAAUUUUCCAUUUUGGCUUUGGAUUGAGGGCAUCUUGGAACUAAUUAGAAAGCAUCUAUUAUGCCUGUGGAAUGAUGGGUGUAUUAUGGGUUUUAUAAGCAAAGAUAAAGAGCGUAUGCUACUAAAAGACAAAGAACCCGGCACAUUUUUAUUGAGGUUUAGUGAAAGCAGUAAAGAAGGAGCCAUCACAUUUACCUGGGUGGAGAGAUCACAAAAUGAGCCAGUAUUUCAUUCUGUGGAGCCUUAUACAAAGAGGGAGCUUUCUGCUGUGACGUUUCCAGACAUUAUUCGCAACUAUAAAGUAAUGGCAGCUGAAAACAUUCCUGAAAAUCCACUGAAAUUUUUAUAUCCAGACGUACCAAAAGAUGCAGCAUUUGGAAGAUACUACACCAGACCUACAGAUGUUCCUGAACCAAUGGAUCUUGAUGGACCUAAAACAACAGGAUACAUCAAAACAGAAUUAAUAUCAGUAUCUGAAGUACACCCUUCAAGACUGGCAACAGCCGAUUCUCUGUUACCAAUGUCUCCAGAUGACUAUGCUCAUUUAGAAAGGCUCGUACCUGAAGGUUUGAUGGAUUCCUACAGCAAUUAAGGGCGUCUUCAGUGGUGCCUAUACCCAUCCUUUGCAAGAUCUUUCAGUAUCAAGUUGCUUUUCUGAAAUGAUGUUACUGUAAGCUGUGUCCAGGUGGAUGUUUAGUUCAUCAUUAAUCUUUUUUAGAAAUCAGUGUGGUAUUAUCCUGCUGGCAAUGAGAAAUGUGAAUAUGCGUGCCAGGCCUAUAAUUCCAGGAAAACCGAGGAUAGACCACAAUUCUAUCACCACCUCUUUCUCCUAUAGUUCUAGUGGCCUGUAGGUGACUUCCAAUGUUGUAGGCAGAAGGAUGCAUUUUGUAUUGGAUUGCAAAUGUAAUCUGUUAAUAUCCAGACAUGUUUUGUCUAAAGCCUCGUACACACCAUACGAUUGUUGGCAGGGGAUUGUCUGUUGACAGACUGUUGUCCUAAAAUCUGACCGUUGGUACGCUCCUUCUGACAAUUGGAAAUAAGAAGGGGGACAGUAUCCUCACAUGUAGUGAGCAUGUGGAUACUUGGUAAUAAAAGGUGCCACGUCCUAAUAGAUAUGAAGAGAGAAUUAACUAGGGGCUAGUUGUUGGACUUUACAGGCACAGUAUAC